AUGGAUUAUUUUUAAUACUAAGAAUAAGAUCCAAUUAAAUAAGAAUAUAAAAUAUAAUGUAAAGUAGCAGAGGGAGCAUUUGGUUCUGUUUUUAAAGCAAUCAAAUAAAAUACGCAAUAAAUAGUUGCUAUUAAAGAUUUAUUUUUUAAUCAGAAUAAAAGAUCUAAGUAGAUUGUUGAAAGAGAGGUGUCCAUUAUGUAGGAUUUAAAUGAUCAUCCAAAUAUAGUAAAAUUAAUAGAUUAUUAGAUAUCUAACAACAAAUGCUCUCUUGUGAUGGAAUACAUUGAUUAUGACUUAAAAUAAUUUAUAGAAAGCUAAGUUUAUCCUCUUAGUCAUUCAAAAAUAAAAAGAAUAGCCUUUUAAUUACUCACUGGAUUAUCAUUUAUUCACUCGAAGGGCAUUAUUCAUAGAGAUUUAAAACCAUCAAAUAUAUUAAUUACUAACUAAUUUAUUGUUAAAAUUGGUGAUUUUGGAUCAGCUAUUAAAGAAGAGUAAAGAAAGGAUAAAUAAUUUUCUAUUGAGGGAUUCACAAGAUGGUAUAAGUCUCCAGAGUAGCUUUUUGGAUCUAGGGAGUAUAAUUACGAAAUAGAUAUUUGGAGUUUUGCAUGCAUUUAUGCUGAAAUAAUAUAAGGAUAUCCUUUAUUUUCUGGUAAUAAUGAAAUAGAAUAAAUUGCUAAAAUAUCUGAUUUGCUUGGUAAUCCAUGUGAAGAAAAUUGGCCUAGUAUUGUUAAGAUGCCAGAUUAUGGAAAAAUUUUAUUUAAACAAAAAUAAAAAAAAAAUUUGAGCACUUUAUUUAGUUAAGCUUCUGAAAAAGAAAUAGAGUUUCUAAAUUCAAUGUUAAAAUAUGAUAAUAGACCUACUGCUGAAUAAUUAUUGCAGAGUGAAUAUUUUAAAGAUGACUCUGUACCAUUAAAAUUAUAAAACAAAAGUAUAAUUUUGCCUCCUAAGCAUGAAGAUAAGAUAUAUUUUAAUUAUACUAGCGUGCUAAAAAAAUGA